AUGUCCGAGGAGGUUCGAGCUGGCUGGCCGGUCCGCCGGUACCUCCCAACAACCGAAGUAUGCCCUCCCGGCGAGCACGGCGAAAAGACCUGGGGCCAGUUCUUUGCGUGCUGUCCUGAUCCGUCACGACCGAAUGUGACCGACUCGGGCUAUCGGAAGUGCGACCUUGACAGCGAGCUAGGGGACUUGACGCCGCAGCCUCAGUGUGCCAAUUCAACAUGGACCCUUUGGACCUAUGAGUCGGGAUACUUCUGCUGCGACCCGACGAUUGGUGAACAGGGCUACUACUAUCAAUCCACUGGCCAGCUGGGUUGUGGCACCGGCGAUUGGAUCUCGACGGCUGAUUCUGAUGUGCGGAAUGCAGGGAAUUAUCCACAGCCCGCGGUAAAAAAGCAUUCAUCAACGAACAAAGGCGCGAUAGCGGGUGGUGUCGUCGGGGGUGUUUGCGGAGCGCUGAUAAUCGUGGGCAUAAUAUGGUUCUUCCUCCGUCGUCGUCGCCAGUCGAACAAGAGAAAUGCCACAGAGGCUUUCACCGACUCGAGCAGCUAUAACAACAAUACAACCAAAACCCAGAUCGAGAGUGGCCCGGCUGAGCUGCAUGAACAGUCCCCCGUGCAAAAGGAGAUGCCUGCUGAUCCACACUUGCGCCACGAGCUUUCUGGAACGAUGCCUGCAAAGCAAGAACCUUCUGAGCUUGCUUGA